AUGCCGGAACUAAUCGAACAGAUGUAUUGUUCUCAACAAAUCGUUAUACCGCCCAAGUUUCCUUACGCCUUGAAAAGAUACUGCAAAGCGGCAAUAAAAACCCAGCCAUAUGAUCUUCUUCGUUGGUCCUAUGAGUACUUCACAGCCUUAGCUGAAAACAGACCUCCACCUGUAAAGUUACGCCUGGAGUAUCCAGUCUAUAGCACCGAGGGAGGACUGACCAGAGGCUGCUUGAAGGUUCUAGCGUGUCAGCUCAGUGGAAUCAACUUCCUACCCUUAACCACGGUUCGAAAGGCAUGGCGUGGCUUCUGCCUUGACCCCGCGGAGUUGAAAAGGCUGUUCUGUCUUUGCGAGGUGUAUUUGAGAGAGGAGUUCGUCCCUUUCUUGCAUGUUAUUGCAGUGGCUGCUGGGCUAUUGACUAAGUCUCUUACGCACACGAUGAUACUACUAUGCGAGACGUUGACGAAGGAGCCGGAUGGUGGCUCAGCUGCAAUACCUGUUGAUGACUUCUUGACGAUGUACAGAUUCCUAGCCGCUAUGGACGCGUCUAAAGAUGUUAAAUACCUGAAUGGCUAUAGAGAGGGGGAGUCUCCGAAGAUGGAAGAGUCGGUCGAAGAAGAGCUUUUGACGAAGUCGGCUUCAGAAAUACAACUAUCAGAUCUCAUAUCAGACGAUUACUGGCAAGAUGCCUCUGAUCUGCAACAACUGACAGUGAUAAAUGAUCACCUCCCACGUUCUUCGAGGCUCAGUCAACGGAUGAACAUGCCCGUGCUUGGCAAAAUAGAGAGAUCCCCCUCCAUGGAGAGAGCGGGACAGAUAGAGCGGGAGAACUACUUGAGAGAGAGGAAAGGUAGAGCUGCUCCUAGUGAAGAAGUUGAAAAAAAACUACGUGAAAUUAGUGCUUCUAAAAUGGGCCUUGAUGAUAAGAAGGAAGAUAAAAAAGAAGAGAAACCGGAGAAAAAGAAAGAUACAAUUGAAAUACUUGUCACGGAUGAAGAAGAUAACGAGUUGCCAUACGAAAUAUACGGAGAACCUAAACUAGUGGCAAGUGUUCAUGAAGAAGUAGUGGAAGGUGAAGAAGACGACGAAGACAAAGAAAAAAAUUCUGAGGAAGAGAAAAUAGAUAUAGCUGCCUAUGUUAAUGACUUAUAUGACGACCGCGAAGAGAGACGGGAAGAUCUUGAAAGGACCUUCGAUGAAAUUGGCGAUAUCGUUGAUAGAUUCAAGUCUGCUAACUACGACCUUGGCAUGGUCGCCGGCCGUCAAAUGUCCACCACGAGUGGAGAGUUCAUCGUGCAGCAUAUUGAGAGGGAGAUAAUGGAGUAUAUAGAUGAACAGAUCGCCAUCUUGCCAGAUCCGGAUCUGAAAAAGAAAAAAGCCAAGCCGGAAGAAGUAGCCAUGAUUAGGGAAAUCCUGGACAACUUCCUCGAUGAAAACAUGGACAUUAUCGUUCCGGAAGUUGAGGAGGUGGAGGAAGAGGAGCAGCCUAUUCCAGAAAUAACAGUGGUGUAUGCUGUACCGGGUAUUGGACCCAUCGUGAGUGAGGAUAUCACCGUGGACUUCGAGAACUACAUUCUGGAAGUGACUAAAGUACAAGCCGACGUUGUGAUGCCGAGGAACAUACGUCACUUUAUGUGCCCUCCGUUGGAGAAAUAUGUAGAAUACAAUUACGAGGAUCAACCGAAGAGGGAAGAGGUGGCAAUGGGAGGCGUUAUAACUGAUUAA